UGGAAUUAAGUCCAUAAAAAAAUUAAUCCGUAUCGCAAUGAAUUUGACAUGGUAUCUCAAUAUCAUGAAAAAAACACUACACAUCUCGUGUAACUUUUAACUGUCCGAUCGAUUAUCCGAAUAUACAUCGUAAAAAUUUGCCAGUAUGUCGAAAUAAUAAUUGUAAAAUGCGAUAAAUUACGCGUCAUAGUUGCAACGGAGCUCGACUUGUAUAUAUGUAAAAUAAGAAGAUGGGAUAUUAUUGCGCUUGGGGAGACGCGAAGAUGAGGAGCAGCUCUGAGGAAGAGGGUUAUGAAAAUCGUGCUACCGACAUUGGAGAAAAGAGAGGAGGAUGCGCCUCCAUCCAUGGAGAAGCUCCACCCAUUCCGGCUCCACCGAUCUCUGAUGAUACCGAUCGACAAUUCUGGGCGGAGGAUGAGCUGAGCAGCUCAGAGUCACGACAGAAAUUAACUGCAAGGAGGAAGCGUCGGCAUAGUGUUUCGUAUAGGAAUCGCGCCGCGAAUAAGAGUCGAUCCUACGCUCCCUGUCCCUCGAAUUCCAGCUCCGAUUCGAUCCACGCGGAGACCUCAGCUAAAGAUCCAGCUGUACGUUCUAUACUCUGCUGCGCUGCAUUGGGUCUAUGCUCGACGCUGUUGGUUCUCUCAUUAUGGAGCUCCAAUAUCCAAGUUCCAAUCCGCGUCUAUGUAUUCCAUUUUGACAGACAGCAGCCUGUAUUACACGUCGUUUCCGACAAGUUCUUGUCGUUCGGUCUCGAUACAUCCUUACUUCGAAGAAUGAAUGAGUUACCUAUUGGACAACAGAAAUUUAUCGAUUUGGCCCGUCACUUAAGCCCUGCUUAUGUCAGAAUAGGUGGAACUUCUGCAGAUUGUCUGACAUUUGUUCAGGAUCAGAUGGAACAAAACUCAUGCAAGAAGAUCCUUAGUCCUGUGGAUGGCCAGGAUAUCAGCAAUUUUACUAUCUCUGGCGCGGAUUUGCUUGCUCUCUAUGAUUUUACAGUGAAGUCGGAGUUACGAAUGAUCUUUGAUCUGAAUGUAUUGCUCAGAAAUCCAGAUGGAUCUUGGAAUGACAGCAACGCACAAGAGAUUAUCGCAUUCACUAAGAAUCAAGGCAUGACGUUAGAUUGGCAAUUGGGCAAUGAACCAAAUUCCUUUAAACACGUGUUCAGUAUAACAAUUCCUGCGACUGAACUCGCGAAGGAUUAUGAUCAUUUAAGGCAAUUGCUAAAUGAAGCAGGAUACGUCGACAGCAUUCUCGUUGGACCAGAAGCUAAUCACGUCGGAGAUUCUGAUGAGAUGGGAGAAUUGUAUAUCAAAACAUUUUUGAGUAGCCAGAAGAACACUGUGAAUUACGUAACUUGGCAUCAGUAUUAUCUGAACGGACGAGAGGCUAAAAUGAGUGAUUUUGUGGCACCUUCCACGUUCAACUGGUUACCAGCGCAAAUCAAUUCCACGAAACAAUUUAUUGCCGAGUCGGGGAAAGAUGUUUCUAUGUGGCUGUCCGAGACUAGCACUGCAUUUGGUGGAGGUGCGCCCGGAUUGUCCGACAGAUUCAUAGCCGGAUUUUUAUGGUUGGAUAAAUUGGGAUACAGCGCUAGCGCGGGAUUAGACGUCGUUACGAGACAAUCAUUAUUCGGUGGGAAUUAUGCUAUGAUAUCACCGAAUCUCGCACCAAAUCCUGAUUGGUGGGUCAGCGUCUUUUACAAGCAAUUCGUUUCGGAGAAGGUUUUGAAAUUGUCCAGGCUCAACAAUUUUGGCUAUGUACGAUUGUACGCGCAUUGCACGUCGAAAAAUGCGCUGAUUUCCAGAGUACCAGCUAUCACGGUUUACGGAAUGAAUAUGGACAGAACUGCGGUCUUCAUACAUAUUCCGGAAUUGUUUGUACAAAAUAGUAAAACCAUGAUUUCGUAUUACUCUCUAAGCGCUGAUCAUUUGCUGUCGAGCGAGAUAAAGCUGAACGGCGAAACUGAGGCAUUAAAACUGCAACCAAAUGGUGAUCUGCCGCCGUUUCGACCUGUAAUAUUAGAUUCUGCGAAUCCUGUAUUAUUGCCACCAUACUCUAUGGCGUUUAUGAUAAUUCAUGGUACCAAUGUUUCUGCAUGUUCAGCAUGAAUAAGUUUUUAA